GUUCCAGCAGCGAAACGAGGUCAGUUUCAAAGGAGCUACAAAAAGUUUAGGUCUCGCAGGGAGACUGGAGACAGAUAGCUGAAGAUAAGUUCACGCCUUUCAAUAAAGAUGUGUAGCUGUUAACGCAAGCUGCAAGAGACUAAUUGGCCUUUUGAAGUCUGAAGUCGGAGCUGCCCAAAGAUUUGCCUCUUUAAUUGAUGAUUGCUUCCUUCAGUGCAGACUGACAGCUUAAAUUGACUGAAUCUCCAUCUUUACGCUGACAACUUCUGAAACUCCUAACAAUGAAAUAUUACUCUUUGCAGUUCCUGCCUAAACCUCCAUCCAGGAAGUUGUGUCCUGCAGAACAGCCCUAGACAGUAAACUACCUUCUGAAAAUCCAAUGGUGAAUUUAAUUUUUAAUUAAUGCAAGAGUCAGAUAACAAACUAUUACGUCACACCCCUCCACAAGCCACAGUGCACAUAAGGCCAAAAGUGUUAACAGCCAACCCAGACUACAUUUAACAUCAGAAACUAUGUGAGGUUAGGAGAGAAAAUAAAAUCUCUGUAUGACCACCCUGACAAUCGCAUGCUUUUUUAAAUUAAAAGUAAGCCACUUCAAAAAUAUAUAGAAAAUAUUUUCUGUCGAUCUGAGUAUUCCUGCUCACGGAAUCAGUCUUCAAGUCAAGAAUAGUGUAAAGUUUUUUUGUUUUAAAAAAACCAGUACAAAUGAUUUGAAUUUUUAAAAAUUUUCAUGCCUAUUUCUGUGCCAAAAAAAAUCUUAAUGGGAAAAUUAGUUAACAUGCAGUUUUAUUUGCCAUCCUUGUAUUACAUUCCUGUGUUAAGGUUCAGGUUGUACUGAUGUAUCUGAUUUUGGACAAGUCCAUCUGUUGUGCAACAAACUCCAUCAGCCUUCUAUCUCCACACUUUUCUUCAAGUCGAUAAAGUUGUAGGGAUACCAAGGAUUCAAAGAUGAGUUUAGGGAAGUUGCCGGUCCUCAAGAACCUGGUCUCCAACUCUCAUAGCAAGCGCAGGUUCAAGUCCGAGCUGACCCCUGACAUGAUUAGCUCGCCAUUGGGCGACUUCCGUCACACAAUGCACGUAGGCCGAGGUGGAGAUGUGUUUGGUGACACUUCCUUCCUCAGUGACCAUGGAGGGGAGAAGGCGCGUGAGACUGCCAAGUCCAACCCGCUCGUCCGAGCGCUAAGGAACGUCAGGAAGUCGCCGAUGAGGAGCCGCAAUAGUAGCCGAGAGAUAUCGCCUCCACCAGCAGUGUCCCCAAUCAUUAAGAAUGCUGUCUCCCUGCCACAUCUGCUCGAGACAAAGAAUGGGUCAGUGGAACGACUGAAUUUCAAAAGCGUGGUGUCAAGUCCAGGAGUGAUGGAUGGAUCAUAUGGAUUGGAAUCGGGAUUCUGCACCCUUCCGAGGUGGUCCAGGUUGGACAAGCCGAAGGAGAGCCCCGCCGCAGCAAAAUCGGAGAAGCGGAUGGACGACUUGGACACAGCGGACUUCGAGCUUCCCCGCAAUGACUCCUUGCUGUCCUUCAGCCUGGACCUGGGGCCCUCCCUGAUGGCCGAGGUGCUGGGGGUCAUGGCCAAGGAGAGCCCCGAGAGCCCAGCAAAGGCCGCGUCUCCGGUGACAUUCGACCUGGGAGGUUCUUUCGGACAGGCGGCACCUCAGGGAAACGACAGCUCUCGCGGGAAGGGGGAGAGGGGCUUGUCAGUCGCGGCAUGGAAGGGAACUUACCAGCAGAAGGGCGGUGCGGACCUGCACCCCGAGGAUCUGAACGGCUUGAGGGGGCUGCAGGACUUUACUUCGGAGCGCCACGUUCUCCGGCAUUGCGGCGGCGCCAUCAGUUAUCCGGAUUCAAACGACGUUGGUGGCACGAGGGGCGGCGCCGGCGGCAGCCUCCGAGCGGGCACGCGGCAGCCCGCGCAGAGGGAGGCGGUUGGCGCUCGCGAGGGCAGCCCGCCAACGGACAGCGGCGUCCCCGGCCGCCAUCUUGUCACCGUGCCGUCGACGGAAUCGUGGCGGUACCGGGCCGCCGAGGAGGCGGACAGCAUUAGCAGCAGUAGCAGCAGCCCGGGCAGCUGGAGGAAGCCGUCGUCGACCGGGCAACGUGUGCCAGCGGACGGCGAGGAGAGAGGUGAGGUGUAUGGGGAGGAGUACAGAGAGAGGCGCCUGUCCCCGGCACAGGGAAUGGCCUUCAGCCCCCUGAAGACUGAGGCCUUUGCCUUUGCGGAUGAAGAUGAUGAGAUCCGGGUUUAAUUUCUCAGCCCCCGACAAUAGAGACUCUAUGUUAUCCAUUCAUUAUUACUGUAGAUGGACAUAUUUUUAAACGGGCAUAUUUCCUUGUCUUUACAGAUGACGUGGAGGCGCCGGUGUUGGAGUGGGGUGGACAAGGUCUGAAGUCACCGGACUCUAGGUUACAGUGCAACAGGUUUAUUUGAAAUCACAAGCUUUGUCAGUUGAAGGAACAACGCUUAGAAAGCUUGUGAUUUCAAAUAAACCUGUUGGACUAUAACCUGGUGUCGUGUGACCUCUGCCUUUACACAUAAUUCAGAGAAGGCACCCAAAAGCCAUUCUCAAAUUGCAAGGAGCCUCAAUGGGUGAUGACAUACCUGACAUAAUGGGAGAGUUCUUGGAUUGUGCAGAAUUAGUUGUCCACAAUGCCAAACUCAGUAUCGUUGGAGGGAGGUGGGGGGAAGUGAGGAAGGUACGAGGAUGAGAUAGGAAUUGCUUUAGGUGACUCACCACAAGAUGUAUCAGUGUUGACUGGGCGGGUUAUUCAGGACCAAUGUCCCAACACUUGGUCAAACGUUCCAGUCUCAUGUGGCCACUCUGCCAUGUGGUCAGUGUGGCCCGCCCAGUGUUCUGCACACAGCAGAGUUUGAAUGCGGGGGAUCAGAGCAGAGUGAGAAAGAACCAGAUUCACAUAAAACCAAUGCUGCGGAUGCUGGGAAUCUGAAACAAACUGAGAAAGUGCUGGGGAAACUCAGCAGGUCUGUCAUCCUCCAUGUAGAGAGUUAAUUGUUCAAGCCAGUAUGACUUUUCAUCAGAAAUUGCUGGAGAAAUUCAGGUCUGGCAGCAUCUGUGAAGAGAAAGCAGAAUUAAAUAUUUCUGGUCCAGUGACCCUUCUACAAAACAGGGUCUUCUGAAGAAGAGUCAUUAGGUCCAAAACAUUAACUCUACUUUCUCUCCACAGAUACUGCCAGUUCGGCUGUGGUUUUCCAGCAAUUUCUGAUUUUGUUUCUGAUUUCCAACAUCCGUGGGUUUUUUUUUCCACUUUUCAUCAGAAUGCAACAUUCAAGAUUCUGCUCUGAGGACUAGGUGAAUAGAAAGCAGAUGUUCCCCAAAGCUGAAAGUUCAGCAACAAGGGGGUACAAACUUAGCUGAAAAGGAAGAAGGUUUACAGGGGAUUUGAGGAAAAACUUCAAUGUAGAGGGUUGUGUGAAUCUGUAAUGCACUGCCUAGGAAGGUUGUAGAGUGGGAAACCUUGCAACCUUUAAAAGUACUUGAAUGAGCACUUGUAAUACCAUAACAUUCAAGAUGGUGGGCCUAGUGUAGGAAAGGGAAUUAGUGUAAAUUUAGUGCAUUUUUGGCGAAAACAAAUUUAAUGGGCUGAAGGGCCUCUUCUGUGCCAUAUGAUUCCAUGAAUGCCAAAACAACCAUUAAACCUGGUUAAUGUCACAGUAUGUUGGCUGUUGGGACGAUUUUCAGGUGCAAUAAAUGAGUUUGCCAUUAACCAGAAA